ACUUUCCCAAACCCGGCCACUGCCGUCCGCACGCGUUCAGCUCACACGCAUAACGGAGGUUUUAUUUCACUUGCAGCUCGCGCUUCAUUACUGCGGACAAGAGAGAGAAAAACAAGACACAGAGGGAGAGAGAGAGAAACAAAGUGGAAAAGAGCGAGAGAGUGUGUAACUGGGCCAGUAGAACGGUACUGUGUUGUGCUCCAAUGUCAGUCCUGAACGGGCCUUAUAGCUGACGGAGAGAGGAGCGUCCUAAAGACCCAAAACACCGAGCAACGGGCCUCAGGACAAGAUUACCGUGGAUGCCCUUUGGGUGAACUUUUCAUCUUACUUCACUUCACUUUUGUUUAGAGCGACUCUUUCCUUGGUUCCUCUCGUGCGUCUUUUACUCCCGUUAUUGGUGGAAUGGCGGAGAAGCGUCGCUCUCCGUGCACUUUGAGCGUCAAGGCUCACGCGUUCUCGGUGGAGGCUCUGAUCGGGGCGGAAAAGAGACGAAAGCUCGGGGAGGAGGAGACCGGGGUGUGCUGUCUUGGAGACGACACCGAGUUGUUGGAGCUGGCCAGUACCGGAGGGAAGAGAGAGGACAGGGCGGGCGACCGCGGCAGUGAUCGUGGCAGCGAGAUAGAGUGUGUUAGUGACGGCUCGCCGGAGAGAUUUGACGUGCUUUUAGAGAGCCCUCGCCCGGAGGCCCAGGCACAGCGCGCGCCCCCGGUACCGGUUCUGGGAGAGGAGAUGCGCGUGGAUCUGCAGGGCUCCGACCUCUGGAAACGGUUUCACGAGAUCGGUACGGAGAUGAUUAUCACAAAGGCGGGAAGGCGGAUGUUCCCUGCCAUGCGCGUGAAGAUCUCGGGGUUGGACCCACACCAGCAGUAUUACAUCGCCAUGGACAUCAUCCCCGUCGACAACAAACGAUACAGGUAUGUGUAUCACAGCUCCAAAUGGAUGGUGGCGGGAAACGCGGACUCCCCAGUUCCUCCGCGUGUGUACAUCCAUCCGGACUCGCCGGCUUCUGGUGAGACCUGGAUGCGUCAGGUGAUCAGCUUCGACAAGCUCAAACUGACCAAUAACGAACUGGACGACCAGGGACACAUAAUCCUCCACUCCAUGCACAAGUACCAGCCACGUGUGCACGUGAUCCGAAAGGAGUGUGGCGAGGAGCUGUCUCCCGUUAGAGUGGUUCCCCAGGGAGACGGAACCACAACCCUCAGCUUCCCGGAGACCAUCUUCACCACCGUUACAGCGUACCAAAACCAACAGAUCACCAGGCUGAAGAUUGACAGAAACCCCUUUGCUAAAGGCUUCAGAGACUCUGGCAGAAACCGUAUGGGUCUGGAGGCCCUGGUAGAAUCCUACGCAUUCUGGCGUCCAACUCUUCGGACCUUAACUUUUGAAGACAUCCCUGGAAUGAAACAAGGUGUUGCCGGGGCUCAUGGAGGUGUGGGAUCAUCGCACCUGCUCCCCUCCUCUCCUUGUUCCUCCCCCUUCCAGGUGUGCCCGCUCUCCCCCCCGGAGUACACCUGCAGCCGGCCAACACACACACACCCUCUCCAUCGCUACGGCAACCUAUCUGAGCCCUUCACCCCAACUUCGUCGAGAGGACCAUCAGCCUAUGACAGUGAAGGAUUCUGCUCUCUAUCCCUCCCCCCCUCUCAGAUUAGCUACCUACAAAACCCCACCCCCCAAGGCUAUGGAAGCCUACGCCUCCAUUCCCCCCCGUACGGUCUCUAUGGUUACGCCUUUCCGCCAUCCCCCCGCCUUGCCGCCAGCCCAGACAAGAUGGCAGCUGCCGCAGCAGCCAAUCAGAACCCUUUCCUUGGCUCCUCCCCCAGUGGAACCCGGACGGAUAGUCUGGGCAUGCUCAGUGGAGGUCAGCAGGCCAACUUCCUGUUUGACUCUCGGACGCUCGGAUUGGCUGCCAGCCAGUCAGGAGGAGGGGCUUCACAGGUCACUGCACACUUGGGCUGAGGCCCCAUAACCUCCAAGGUUGGUGGGCAAUAGACUUCUUAGGGAGGAUGGUUUGGUUUGACUGACAAGACAUAGAUCUUUGGGAGAAUGAGAGAGAUGGAGUGAGGAACAGCUUCAGUGUCUGUUUGUGUGAACAUACAGCUCCACUGACUUAAAGGAUAUUUUUAUUAGGUACCUGUGUUUUUUCACUGCAUAUUAUAAUUAAAGGACUUAAUAGACAGAAGCUUCCGAGAAGCCACAACAGUUGAAACAGUGGUUCUGGGAGGGGUCUGGUUCUGGGAGGGGUCUGGUUCUGGGAGGGGUCUGGAUCUGGGAGGGGUCUGGAUCUGGGAGGGGUCUGGAUCUGGGAGGGUUCUGGAACAUGCAGACAUUUGUCUCAUCUUGUUAAUAUAGAGGAAGUUGGACCUACACAACAAGCACUUCAGUACCUCUGGACUAAUACGCUGCCUAUAUGAACAUUUAUAACCUCAGACCACCACCACAUCCUUUACAAACCCUGAGUCAGAGGAACACGUGGACAACGUUUUUAAAUCUCUAUCUACAGCAGAGAAAAAUAUAAAGUAUUGCAUGACAAUGCUAACUAGCGUUAGCACAGUGACUGGAAGUGUGCAGAAACAAUGAACAACAUACCACAACAGUUCUGAGGCUGUUAUGAGGCAUGUAUUACUGUAUUUCCCAUACCAAAGAGUCUGUGUCAAUCUAAAAGAGUUCCAUAUUCACUAAGUAGUGCCCUGGUUCUAACUAGAAGCAGCCCAGUUGGACUCUGGCCUAAAGUACUGACUAGAAUCCUACAUGCCAGCCCUUUUAGGUUCUGGACCAAAGUUCUGAUUUGAAACCUAUGAGCCAGCCGUUUAGCUUCUGGCCUAAAUACUGACCAGAACCCUAUGAGCCAGCUGCUUUAGGUUCUGGCCUAAAUACUGACCAGAACCCUCUGAGCCAGCUGCUUUAGGUUCUGGCCUAAAUACUGACCAGAACCUUAUGAGCCAGCUGCUUUAGCUUCUGGCCUAAAUACUGACCAGAACCUUAUGAGCCAGCUGCUUUAGAUUCUGAACUAUAAUGCACUAUUUAGUGAAUAGGGCAAACAUUGUGUGUGUGUCUUGUUUUCACAGUGUGACUUAUUGGUGUUGCUUUAUAAUCUGUGUCCAUGGUGGGUCAAGUGACCUAACACACACUUACUGCACGGAACACACACCAACACACACACACACACACACACACACACAGGCAACACACAUUGCUCUAUCAGGCCCCUGGUAUUUAGAGGGACAGCCAAAUAAAAUAUGAUAUUGUGACA